AUGAAAGAACUAAAAUGCAUGAUCUGGCAACUAUUGUUAUGUGUCAUGUUUGACCCCGCGUAAUGACGUCACGGGCAUGGCACACUCCCGAGUAGAAACCAGGGAAGCGGGGUUUAUUUGCCCAUGCAUUGGUAUCAUUAAUCUGUUUCAAAAGAGAUAAUAACCGAAUGAUAGAGACUUGCCUGUGUUGCGCAUUACAUAACUUAUGAGGGAGGGGGCGCGUGCACGAGCUACCAAGAUUCUGGCUGGCUGGCUAGUCGAGACAGAAACGUUCUCAACCAAGCAGGCUCUUUGGUAGCUAGCCGCAGUUAGCUAACCAACGUUAAAUCAACAGUUCAGCAGUGAAGUUAAACGAAUAUUUAGUAGCCAUGGACAUUCUCUGCAUGUUGCUGUAAAGGGCCGUUUUUGCAUGUCAGUAUAUUAUAUCGCAGAGCAGACAAAGGUGCGGUGAAAAUUAAUAUUACAUUAAUUGAUGAUAUUACCGCAGUGUAUUGUUUAACGCCAGAAACUGAAAGACGCUUGCUGAAUGAACCAGGAACCGACGAAGGGCCUCAAGUCCAAAGCGCGCUGUGAACCGAUGGACAGUGUGCUAUCUUACCUGUCAUUCCGGGGCAUAAUUUAACUGUUCUAUUGCUCAGAUGUUAAGGUGUAUUUGAUCUCAGCAUCCUGGAAGUGGAAAGUUCAGAAGAGACCGGUCCUACACCACAGACAGGUGCAGUGUGUAGCAGGGGAGGUCCAGAGGGAGGAAGUGUCGGGGAGGAGGUGGUGCAGCAGCGCACCCCUCCGGCUGUGGCUGAGCUGGGUGGCGUCCCCGCGGCUGCGCAGAAUGUGGCCGGGCCAUCACAGCAUGCCCUGCAGCCGGUCGCCGCUGCUCCCCUCCCACCGUUGGUUAGCACUGCCGCGUCCCAACCGGACAGAGACGCAAUCGCCGAGGUUCAACCGAGCGCCGACACUAAGCCCGAGCUCCCCGCCGCCGCCCACGCAUCUGCCCUCGACCGCGUCCCGACAGGACUGGCUGCCGCCGCUCUUCAGGCCACGACGAACCACACGGACUCUGUCGAGAGACGGACUCCCGCACAGACCGCCGGCUCUGCCACCGUGCAGGAGUGGAAUUACGGGUGCGAAACGGACAGAUCAAGCCAGGGAGGGUCGGACAGACCUGGCGCUACAGUCAGCGCCGACGCGCAGGGACGUCCGCUCCCAGAGACUACCAAAUCGGAAUACAAACAGAGCUUGCCAGACUGUCCCGUCCUGCCUGGGUCAAAUCAAGCUAGUACCAGCGGCCAGGAGGAGCCUGGUGAAAUGGAGCCACCUCAAGUGGCUAGACUCACCCAGGCAGACCAGGCCAGCCACGUAUCUCAGCCUGAUGGCCUUGAGACAACAAGGCUACAGGCUCUCUCGGCUGUCUCUGACGGCAGUGAAAUCACACAGACUGAGCUCACGGAGCCCCUACACGCGACCGAGGAUGCAGGAGCAGUGCAGCUGGAUCCCGCAGGAGACCAGAGUGGUCAGCACUCCGUCGGAGACCACCCAGCCACUCUCAGGACUCCGGGAGAUUCCGCACAGCACGUGCUGCCAGGCAAUGGAAAAAGUGCCUGCUACGCUGCCAACGACGACGAUGAAAUGGACGGCUACCUGCCCAGAUGCCCCAGUGCCCUGUCCCAGGGGCAGGUUAACAGUGGUCAGGCCAAAGAGGAGGCCCUUAAAGGCCUCGCUUACAGCGCCGCUGUACAGAAAACCAUCGCGCCGCUCACUAACCUGCCUCUCAAAGCCUCUGAAAGGCCGCACGAGCCGGAUGAGCUGCAGACAAUGACUGAGCCCACGAUGGCGCACGCUGCCUUGCCAGAGAUCAACCAACACGAGUUGAGCUCAGAGAUUCUGGACACGAGUGAAACCCCUCAUCUGACCACAGGAGAGACCAACAUAAGCAUGGGUGUACAUGUAGAGCAGGUUCUUCAGAACGUUCCCAUACAUGGAGGUGUGUGUCUGGACGCCUCUGGGAAUGAGAUUCUGAGUAGCCUCUCUGCAGGUGAAUCAAAGGUGCUGGGGCACGGGACUUGCACUGAAACUAUCCUCACAGUGACUGACGGGAUACAGGCUGUAGUUACAAGCUCCACGGAUGUCAUUUUAAAUGACAGUGAGACUGUCAGUGGAGUCCUGUCCCCUAACCCCCAACAGACUAAUAGCAUUUCAAUCACACACUCUGAGACUUUGGAAGGACUGGGCUCCCAGUUGCUGUCCACGUCUCAGAUUGACCACGAACUCUUAGCUCAUCAAAUGCCGAGCCCCGUCCCGGCGGCCGACACAUUCUCCGAGAUGGAGGUGUGCACCAACGCUGAGGGCAUGAUCGAGACACAAACUACUGAAAUUCACACUCACGUGCUGAGGGACUUGGGGCAGGUCUGUUUCCUCCAGACGGACCUGGUGUCGGACCUCUCCUCCCUGCCCGUGGAAAUCCUGGAGCACGAGGUGGAGGAGGGGACGUGGUUGCAAGUCACUGAGCCUCUGGGCGACGGGGAGGUCGUGGAGUGUACCGAAGCCCAGCUGAUGGAUGUCGGCGAUGGGACGCACUGUCUGGAGACUCAAACGAUCGAGGUCUCAGAGUGCACGGUCGUCACCUAUCCCUCUGAUGCCAUCCUCAGCCACGGGCAGCUCCAUCUGCCUGACGGCUUGGAGGUACCACAAGUCUGUGAAUCCACCCUGGGCCCCUCAGUCGAGUUUCUGACGGAGGAUUUGGGAACCGAUGCCCCUAGCCCACACAAUGGAUUGGCUGGGCUCAAAGCUGAACCCGAGCCUAGCGCUGCUUCUUAUGUCGAAUCCGCCACAUCUGCGCUAACCCCCACAGCGGCUCUCGUCGAUUCCCCUGAGCAGGGGGUGGACGAGCUCCUGACGGACAACAAAGCGGAAGUAGCCCGGCCCAGUGCCAUCGACCCCAAGCUUCUCAUCCUGAAGCGCGGGGAGACGCCACUCCUGAAGCACCCGCCCGAUAUACUGGCGGUGGUGUCCAAGAAGCCAAGCCCCGUGGCUCAGGCUCUGGCCUCCACACCUGCUGCCGGAGUCUCCGCAGAGUGCCUUUCCCCGAGCACGCCCGCUGCCGCCGCCGGGCUGGAUCCAGCCCUCAUGGGCAUCUCUCUGCCUACUCCAAUUCCCCGCAAACUCACUUUCCUGUCUGAGGAGGAGGAGGCCUUAACCAGUACGGACAUGCCCUCCGAAACAGCGGAUAGUGUACUACCCCCAAACGCGGCCCCCGAUAGCCCUCCCCGUAGGUCUGACAGCCAGCCGCUGAUGGGUGGUUGGAGUGAGGUGUGCGGUUCCAUAGGGGCCAAGAGGGAGACAGCUGCUGGCUCGAAAAGGCCCAUUGGGGAGCCGAACGAGAUGGGGCAGGGCGACGGGCCCGACUCCCUUCGGUCCCCUGCGCCGUGUCGACUGGACACCAUCGCUGGAGAGAGCAGUGAUGGCGAGGUUGACCUUUCCAUGGAGAGCCAUGCUGACAGCAUGGUUACGCCCACCCAAAGAAAGGUGCGGCAAUGGAUCUCUGGGAGGGCGACUGCCGGCUCCACGCCCUCCUCCUCCCCCUCACCAUCCCCCGGCCCCUCCACCUCGGGGGACUGGACCCCCAUCCAGAUGGACCGGGCCUCGCCUCUCCGAGGGUCCCAUGGCAAGUUCCUGUCGCCCCACUCCAAGGGGGAUUCCAGCCAGUCCGACCAGACGCCCCCACAGCGCCUGCACAAGCAUGCAGACAUGGCAGAGCUCGCCAAGCAUGAAGCCGAAAUUGAACAUCGCUCGCUGGCACUGAAGCGAGAAGGCUUCUGGUCCAUGAAGCGCCUCAACCGCCUGACGGAGCCCAUCCGCCCCAAGGUGCACUGGGACUACCUGUGCGAGGAGAUGCAGUGGCUCUCCGCCGACUUCGCCCAGGAGAGGAGAUGGAAGAGAGGCGUCGCCCGAAAAGUGGUGCGGAUGGUCAUGCGCUACCACGAGGAGCUGCGGCAGAAGGAGGAGCGCGCCAAGCGUGAGGAGCAGGCCAAACUCCGCAGGGUCGCAGCCUCCAUCGCCAAGGAGGUGCGAGCCUUCUGGACCAACGUUGAAAAGGUGGUCCAGUACAAGCAGCAGUCCAGACUGGAGGAGAAGAGGAAAAAGGCUCUGGACCUGCAGCUGGACUUCAUCGUGGGCCAGACGGAGCGCUACUCCGACCUCCUCAGCCAAUCGCUGGCGGCGGCGACGGCGCCUGCCGCCAACACCGAGACCGAGACCCCCGCCUCUCCUCCGAUGCGUCCCGUGGAUGAGGACGACCACGACUUUGAGCCUCCGUGCGAGGAGGAGGACGACGAGGAGACCAUCGAGGUGGAGGAGCAGCAGGAGGGGAACGACGCGGAGGCGCAGAGGAGGGAGAUCGAGCUGCUGAGGGAGGAGGGAGAGCUGCCCCUGGACCAGCUGCUCAACACCAUCUCCUACCCACCGCCCGCUGGUUCUGAGGAAGAGUGCUCCAACAGCUCCUCAUCUGCUGUUGUGGAGGAAGACGAGGAGUUCACAGCCAAUGAGGAAGAUGCUGAAGAUGAAGAGGAGACGAUAGAAGCACAAGAGGAACAUGAAGGUGACGCCAACCAUGAGGAAGAGUUGGAUGACUUGGCCAAAGAGGGUGAAAUGAGUGUAGCGGAGCUUCUGGAGAAGUAUAAGGGGGCGUACAACUCUGACUUUGAAGAACCCUCCGGAUCUGCGUCACCUGCCACCUCUGAAGAAGAGGAGAGCACAGAGGAAGAGGAGGAGGAAGAAAGCGAGGGCGAAGACAGUGAUGACGAGACCAACAGCUCUUCAGACUCCUCAGAGGCAGUGAACAGUGAUGACGAUGUCAUAGAGGAGGAUGAGGAGGAGGUAGCUGAGGACGAUGAAGAGGAUGAAGACGAUCCCGAGGAGGGCAUGGAGGCCCUGCUGAAGGAAGGUGACCACAGCCCUCCGCUCCCCACCUCGCCUCGGCCCAAGAAAGAAAUAAGCCACAUCGCCGCCACAGCGGAGAGCCUCCAGCCGAAAGGAUACACACUGGCCACCACCAAGGUGAAGACUCCUAUCCCCUUCUUGCUGCACGGCACUCUGCGUGAGUACCAGCACAUUGGGCUGGACUGGCUGGUCACCAUGUACGAGAAGAAGCUCAACGGCAUUCUGGCAGACGAGAUGGGCCUCGGCAAAACCAUCCAGACUAUCGCUCUGCUGGCCCAUCUGGCCUGUGAGAAAGGAAACUGGGGACCCCAUUUAAUCAUUGUGCCCACCAGUGUAAUGCUGAACUGGGAGAUGGAGCUCAAACGCUGGUGUCCUGGGUUCAAGAUCCUCACCUACUACGGCAGCCAGAAAGAACGCAAGCUCAAGAGACAGGGUUGGACCAAGCCAAAUGCGUUCCAUGUGUGUAUCACCUCUUAUAAGCUGGUGCUGCAGGACCACCAGGCAUUCAGACGCAAGUCCUGGCGGUACCUGAUCUUGGACGAGGCCCAAAACAUCAAAAACUUCAAGUCUCAGCGCUGGCAGAGUCUUCUCAACUUCAAUAGCCACAGACGCCUGCUCCUGACGGGAACGCCCCUGCAGAACAGCCUGAUGGAGCUGUGGUCGCUCAUGCAUUUCCUCAUGCCGCACGUCUUCCAGUCCCACCGCGAGUUCAAGGAGUGGUUCUCCAACCCGCUGACAGGCAUGAUCGAGGGCAGCCAGGAGUACAACGAGGGCCUCGUCAAGAGGCUCCACAAGGUCCUCAGGCCCUUCCUUCUGCGCCGUGUCAAGGUGGACGUGGAGAAGCAGAUGCCCAAGAAAUACGAGCACGUGGUGCGCUGCCGUCUCUCCAAGAGACAGCGCUUCCUCUACGACGACUUCAUGGCCCAGGCCUCGACAAGGGAGACUCUGGCGAGUGGUCACUUCAUGUCUGUGAUCAACAUCCUGAUGCAGCUGAGGAAGGUGUGCAACCACCCUAACCUGUUUGACCCGCGGCCUAUCCACUCACCCUUCAUCACUGAGCCCAUCAUCUUCUCCACCUCCUCCGUCGUACAGCGGGCCCUUGAAACGUCGCCCUUUGAGCGAUGCAACCUGUCCAUGUUUGACCUGGUGGGGCUGGAGGGUCGCGUGUCCCGCUACCAGGCCGACGUCUUCCUGCCCCGUAGGAAAGUCACUACUCCCCUGGUGCAGGAGAUCAUGGACUCCCCUGAGCCGCCUCCCAGGCCCAAACCUGUGCGAAUGAAGGUCAACAGAAUGUUCCAGCCCAUGCCCAAAACAGACGGCCGCGCAUCUGUGCCGGUGAACAACCCCAGGCCUACGUGUCCGGUGGCUCCUGUCGUCCAGCCCCCGCGGCCUGCCCUCAUCACGGAGGUGCAUGCUGCCCCAGCCCCCAUCCCGGUGCAGCCACCUGCACAAGUGUGUUCGGUGAUGCCCGCUGCAGCCACUUAUGCCACUGCUGUUCCAGUGACUGUGACCCACACGGCAGCAGCUGCCCUCAGGCCUAGUGCCCCGCACCCCAUCCUGACCGUGCGACCUCCGACCCCGCUGGCCCCACCGGUCGUCUCGGCGCCCAGCAGUGUCCUCACCCAGCGGGUGCUUCUCAGCCCCGAUAUGCAGGCGCGGCUUCCAUCCGGGGAGGUAGUGAGCAUUGCUCAGUUGGCCUCUCUGGCGGGGCGACCCGUGCCCACCGGCCAGGGCAGUAAGCCAGUCACCUUCCAGCUGCAGGGCAACAAGCUCACCCUGUCAGGGACCCAGCUGCACCAGGUGCCAGUGCAACAGCCCCGGGCCCUCCAAGGCAAUGUAAUGCAUCUGGUGACCAGUGGGGGGCAGCACCACCUGAUCAGUCAGCCAGCACAGGUGGCGCUCAUCCAUACAGUCAGUCAGGCAGGCAGCAGCGCUGCCAGCCCAAGCCCAGCCCCAGUCUCCUCUGGGCUGGCCAUGCCCCUCAACGCUGCGCAAGUUCCCUCCUCCAUGGUGACCGGAUCUGGGAUUGUUAAGAUCGUUGUCAGACAGGCCGGAGGUAAAGAGACAGGGCCGGUCCCUGCCCUCGCCGUGCCCCCCUCCCCCCGCGUCGUCCCUCCGGUCACACUCUCCCUGCACCCGCACACAACCACCGCCCCGCCAGCGAGGGCGCCGCCACCUCCUCAGCGCCCUCCUGUGGCCCAGCCGACCCACUACGCUGCUCCGCCUCGCACCCCUACCUCAGCCCCAAGUGGAGCCCAGCCCCCUCGCCCGAUACUGAGGGUCCUGCAGGGACCACCUCCUGCAGCACCAGCAGCAGCAGCAACCGCAGCAGCACCGGUAGAACCAGUGCGAGUAAAUGCCACACCUGUCCCAGCGCCACGAGAGGAGAACAGCGAUAUAGUCGCGGUUCACGCAGACCCACCAAUGUCCAAACCCAGCAGUCAGCCGGGAAGCUUCUCUUUCCAGCGGCCUCGCACUCAGCCUCCACCACCCCCACGCUCACCUUUCCACAUGUCAUGGCUGGAGGACGGUCUGAAAGCUCAACGUGACGCCCGCCUUGCCCAGAUCAUUCGCGUCAACGAGUUUCACUGCAACGCCAAGCCUGUGUACGGCCAGGAGGUGCUCGACUUCCUCACCUUCCUCCCAGGCCCUGCCCCUAAACCUGCGUCGUCUGCACUCGGAAAGUGGAACCGCUCUGGCCACUCCUUCUGUCUGCUCGCCCGGUUGCAGCGGACUCAGGACCUGUGGGUCCAAAGUGAGACCCUGAGGACCGCUAUUCAGAACACAGAGGAGAGGCUCGCAGGACUUUCGGAAGUCAUUGAUAGGUUCACUUUUGCGAUCCCACCCGUGGAGGCUCAGCCCAUAACCAUGCACAGCUGCCACCCUCCUCCCUCGCUUGUGCACCAGCAGGCGCUGUUCCGCUCUGUGCUGACCACCCAGGUCACCCCGCUGCUGCGUCCGCUCCAUCGCAUCCAGUGCAACAUGAGGACCCACUUCCCAGACCUCAGACUCAUUCAGUACGACUGCGGAAAGCUGCAGACUCUUCACCUCUUGCUAAGGAGGCUAAAGACCGGAGGCCACAGAGUUCUCAUCUUCACCCAGAUGACCCGCAUGCUGGACGUGCUGGAGCAGUUCCUCAACUAUCACGGACACAUUUACCUGAGGCUGGACGGCAGCACACGCGUAGAACAGCGACAGUCUCUGAUGGAGCGCUUCAAUGCAGACCGGCGCAUCUUCUGUUUCAUCUUGUCAACCCGCAGUGGUGGCGUGGGUGUCAACCUGACGGGGGCGGACACUGUGGUGUUUUAUGACAGUGACUGGAAUCCCACUAUGGAUGCUCAAGCCCAGGAUCGCUGCCACAGAAUUGGGCAAACCAGAGAUGUGCAUAUCUACAGGCUUAUCAGUGAACGCACCGUUGAAGAGAACAUCUUGAAGAAAGCGAAUCAGAAAAGGAUGUUGGGUGACAUGGCCAUAGAGGGAGGAAAUUUCACCACUGCAUUCUUCAAACAGCAAACCAUCAAGGAUUUGUUUGAUGUGACCGAGGGGGAAAAGAAGGAGGCAGAAGUAGCUCCGCCUCCAACAGAGGAGGAGGACAUUAAUAAACAUCAUACCACUAUUCUGGAGCAGGCCUUGUGUAGAGCUGAAGAUGAGGAGGACAUAGUGGCUGCAUCUCAGGCCAAAGCAGAACAGGUGGCUGAAUUGGCAGAGUUCAAUGAGAGCAUCCCAUUGGAUGAUGGAGCGGAGGGAGUGGCUCGUGACCAGGAAGAAGAGGAACUCUCUAAAGCCGAGCAAGAAAUUGCUGCUCUGGUAGAACAGCUCACACCUAUUGAGCGGUAUGCCAUGAACUUCUUGGAGGCCUCUCUGGAGGACGUUUGCAAGGAGGAGCUGAAGCAGGCAGAGGAGCAAGUAGAGGCUGCCAGAAAGGGGCUUGAUCAAGCCAAAGAAGAGGGCUUGAAAUUGCAUCAGUCGUCUGACAAUGAUGAAGACGACUACUCACCAAUACCACAUACCCCUGAGGAUAUGUUCCAGACCACACCUGCCCGUCGCACACGGAAGCACAAGGAGAAGGGUGCUCCCUCCACUAGAGCCAGUGGGAGGCUGAGAGGGGCUCCUGCAAGAACUGAUGAAGACUCUGCCCUAUCCCCAGCGAGCACAUCAGCUGAGCUUGAGAGAGCAAAUGCCUCUAUGUCUGCUCCCACCCCACCCAGACAAGUGCCUGACCAACGUAGAGCCCCGCGAGGUAGACCGCCUAGCAAAGAAGCUGCGACACCUACCAUUCCUGCCCGAACAGAGACCUCCAAGAAUCAAGCUCCGUCAAGUGUAUCCUCAUCCCGACACACAGACUCGACAAGCCCAGCUUCCCCACUGAAAGACGUGCCCGGUAAAUCCAGAGCCACACCUUCUCCCCUCCGCCAGAGUUUGUCCCCACCGAGCUCAGUGCCUUCCACUGCCGCCUCCCCUGCAGCAGGGAGAUCCCAUGCUGAACACGCUGCUCCUGCUGGCCAAGAGCGUGUUGAGGAGGUGAGAGGAGAGGUGCAGUCAGGUGCGUCUGGGCUGCAGGUAGACCAUGCACCAGUGUCCUCUGCAAGGGAGAGGGGAGUGUCUGUAUCCUCGGGAUCCAUUUGUUCUCCCGAGCAUCAGUCCGACUUGGAGGGCAGAGACCUAGAUCAGCCGAGCCAACACUCCAACACCCUCUCACCCAGCAUGGCAUCCCGCUCGCCUCGUAAACGCCAGUCAGCUGAUGGUGAGGUCCUCAAAGGCCUUCCAGAAGAUUCUCCAUCUGCCAAGGUCCUACGGAAACUUCCCGGUCGCCUCGUUACAGUUGUUGAGGAGAAAGAGAAACAACCAAGGCGGAGGAGGAGGAGAGGAAGUGGCGGAGCGGGACACACCGAAGGGUCCUCAGAGGAAGCAGAACACACAGAGUCAGAGCGAGACACUGGCCCGUCCUCGCCAGAUAAAACAAGUCACGCUUCUCGAGAUAAAGACACUCCCAAGUCACCUGCAGUCUCUAGUCCCCUUCCACAGCCACAAGAGAAAGAACAAGUAUCACCUGUGUCACUUGGAAGUCCUGGGAAAGUAUACCACCCCUACUCUCCUACCAACCCUUCUCCAGAUAUGCCUGUUCUCAGAAACUUGCCUGUCCGGCGGCGUCUGGAGACAGAAUCCCGAAUGGCUGCUCAGUUAGGGGAGCAGCAUGGAGUAGGAAGAGGGAGAUGGCCCUCCGACCGAAGGCAGAGCCUAUCACCAAAUCCGCCAAAGAGACAGGACAUGAGUCCUACUAAGGACAGCACUCUGGCCCCAGCGACUGCAAACACUGAUAACCCAGUACCAGUGAAGCGCAAGCCAGGACGGCCUCCCAAGCGUCCAGUUGAACAAACCGUUCCUCCACCAGCAAAACCUGUGAUUGUGGAGAAAGAUGCUCCUGUCUCGCCAAAACGGAAGAGGGGUCGGCCCCGCAAGGACUCCACAAUUAAGCUAGAUGCCAUUCGUGCUGCUCAAUCUUCGAACCCUCCAACUCCUUCAAAUCCUCCACCUCCUUCAAAAUCCAUACCUCCUUCAAAUCUUCCACCUCCUUCAAAAUCCACACCUCCCUCAAAUCCUCCACUUCCUUCAAAAUCCACACCUCCCUCAAAUCCUCCACCUCCUUCAAAAUCCACACCUCCCUCACAUCUUCCACCUCCUUCAAAAUCCAUGCAUCCUUCAAAUCUUCCACCUUCUUCAAAAUCCACACCUCCCUCAAAUCCACCACCUCCUUCAAAAUCCUCACCUCCCUCCAAUCUUCCACCUUCAAAUCCUCCACUUCCCUUAAGCCCUCCACCUCUUUCAAACCCUACACCUCUGUCAAACGCUCCACCUCCUUGUAGUCCUAAAAGCAUGCAAUCUGGUCUUAGCUUACCAAGAUCCUCUUUAUCCAGUCUCCAAGAGGCCCCUUCAGAGAGUGUUCCUGUUCACACACCACUACCCUCAUUACCUGCCAAAGCUGCUGACAAAACUUGGCUACCUAAACCAGUCACUGAGACCAACAUCACCCAUGUCACAUCACCCACACCUACAAGUAACUCGCUGACCAAUGAAACGCCAACAGCUAUGCUUGCACAGUCCAAAUCUAGUGAAUCCCAGACCAACACAUCACCAGCACCAGUACUUCCUCAGCCUACAGUCAGCAAGUCUCCAUGUGUGACUUCUUUCCCCUCUGCACAACCAACAGCCACCUCUGACUCGAAGACCACAUCUGCUAUACCUGCUUUGCCAGUGGAACCCAAGCCAACGGUCACUCAGAUCCAUUUAUCACCCGCAUCUCCUUCACAACCCAAAGUGAGGGAGACUGCGAUACCCUCUACUCACGAGGUUUCACAACCCUCCCAGAGCAAUACUCAGAAAAUUGUAACCACACUACCCCAAGUCCCACAAUCCACAUCAAGUGACUCUAAUACAAAACCAAUCACUGAGUCUAAGAACUCACAAAUUGACACGACCCUUGAGCCCAAAGCCUCUGUUCAGGUCACACCAUCACCUGCUGAACAACAGACUGAUCCCGUGUGUGCUCCAACUCCCACACCUGCCGAACCUGAACCUCCUCCAGCAUCGGAGCCUUCUCAGGAGCCUGCUCCUGCUCUGCCAAUCCCUCAAGAUGCCCUGGAGGUGCAGGACAAAGAAACAGCUGAACUACUUGCACAUGAAAAGACAUCAGACAAGAAGGAAGCCGCAGAGACUGACACAAAGGAGGAUGGUGAGAAAGAAAUAGAAGAGCCAUCUCUUAAGCCCCAGUCAAAGCGAAGGCGAGUGGAGAGUUUACCUGAAGAGCAAGAGUCUGUGUCUGUAGCUCCUGAGGCUAAGACUGACACAUUUGCCCAGAGCGAGGGAACUAGUAACCAAAGCAGAGACGAGGGUAAAACAGAUGGCAAAGAUGGAAUUAAGUCCUCAAAGAAAAGAGCCAUUAGCCGACAGAGCAGCCAGGACUCUGUUCGUUCCUCUUCACCUUCUUCUGUAUCAUCAGCUGGUACUCGUUCAUCAAAGAAGGUGACAGACAACAGGUCUACAAAGAGGAAAAGAGGUGAAGCUAAAACAGCUGGCUCAGAGGAUGAAAAGAAACCUAAGAUACAAAGGCGGCGAUCAAACUCUCCAUCCUCCUCUUCGGACUCUGACGACUCCUCUCGUAAAGAAAAGCGUCUCACACGUGCUGAACGAAAAAAGCAAGAGAAGGAGAACCACAGUGAGAGUGAUGGGAGGAGUAGUGACAGCAGACGUGGACGAAGGUCCAAAAAGGAGCAAGCAGCUGCAAAUGCCACAGGGGGUGAUUCUGGUAGUGAAACCUCCACAAGAGUCAUCCGCAAAUCCUCAGGCCCUUCAUCAACGAAGUCUGGCACCACCACACCUGUGCCCUCAACACCACCUCCCCAACCUGAGGUCUUGGGCAAGCGUUGCUCAGCCCUCAAUGCUGCUGCCAAGCUUUUGGCCAUGAGAGGCCGGGCAGGUGAUACACCCCGUCCCAGUAACAAAGUGAAAGCGGGUGACAAGCAAGAGUCCCCGACAUCAUCUGAGAAAAGCACUAAGUCAAAAGGAAAGGGCACACAGGGGUCCCCCCAGACCAACUCAUCUGGUAGUAGAGGAGGAAGUGGUAGACAGACGCCCACAAACACUCCGCUCACCACUCCGGAGUCGACUAGGUCUAUUUCACGGUCCACCAGGCAGCGUCCCGGUAGCCUGUUGCCCCCACUUGACGCCGAGAACAAGAGGGCAAAGAGAGACAAGAAAAAGAACGAGGAGAGGAAGGAAGAUGGAGAGGACGAGAACAGGGAGUCCCGCUCCUCACGGGGGCACAGCGCCUGCAGCAGCAUUAGCAGCGACCGGGGGGCCGGAAGCAGCAGGAGCCGCAGCAGCAGCAACAGCAGCCAGUGCACCCCCAGCCUCAGCUCCCAGAGCACAGGGCCCCAGCGUCCGCGAUCUAGAGCAACCUCCUCCGGCAGCGAUACUGAGAGAGGGAAGCAGAGCCAUAGCAAGUCAGGUGAGAGGCGGGGAAGAAAGAGUCACAGGGAAACCCGCUCGCAAAAACAUGAUAGGUCUGAGCUGAGUGGGGGGUCCGCGGAGGGGACCCCAGACAGGGUGCUACGCAGCGUGGCUGCCCUGGCAGCAGCUCAGGCCCGUUCCCCAGCCUGCAACACCCGCUCCUCCGCCACCCAACACCGACAUACCAAGACGUGAUUGGGUGGGUGGAGGAGAUAUCAAUACAGCAGUUAAGGGGAAUAAGGGACGACGACCAGAGCGAAGCCACAGAGGGUGAAAGACAGUGAAAUGUUUUAACGGGUAUUAAGAUUAAAGAGGGGGGGUGAAGGGAGUCGCCAUUCUGUAAUCAGAUAAAGGGCAGUGGAAUGUCUACUGUACAGUGUAAUGAAGACUGAGCUCCCUCACUCUCAGGCCCUCUCCUCUUCUCCCGCUAGGCUGUCUACAGCGUGGAGAUGGCUCAGAGACACAGGACUGAGGUGGAAAGGGGGACUUCCUUUUUACAGAAAAUGUGACAUUGCAGCUAAGAUGGCAUGUCUGUACAGAAGAAAACUCAAAAUCCCAGAGACACGUUGGACACCUGCGGAUUUGGACAAUAGCUGAGAGUUAUUGUUAGUUCACACUAUGUACUGUAAUCAUAUAAAGACUGGAAUACUAAGAGAGGUCUGUGUAAAAGAGAAGUUGUAGAUUGUACCCUUUAUACAGUUUACUUGUGCUUUAAGGGUAACUGAAAAUGUUGUCUAUUCUGUAUCCAGAAGAUUUUUCAGUGGAGGGAGAAAAGCUUUUAUGACAGUUGGGUUCUAAAAAAAAUGUUAUGGCAGUUGUUUCAAUCUGUCAGUUCAUCAGUUUAAGGAUAUUCUGUGGAUUUCUCCAGGGUAUGAAAGAGAGCAGGUCUGUAAAUGUUAUCUUUGCUGCACUAUGCUGGAGUUUGUCUUUGCUUGGACCUCCCCGUCUUGUGUAAUUCUUUUUUUUCUAUCCAUUUAUUUUAAAUCCAGCCUGCACAUUUUUUUUUCAUGUUGCACAUCUGAGAAAAUGUCCCAGGCGUUGGAGUUUUUUUUUUCUUUUUUUUUUUAAUUCAUCAAUUUCAAAUCAAUUACUUCCGACCUGGUACCUCACACAGUGCAGUUUUUGUCAGCUCUAAAUGUGUCCUAUCUCUUGAGCUUGUGAUGAAUCUUGAAGAUAGUACUUAAUUUGCUCGCUGUUGAUGCCGAAAAAUGGGAGACAAACCUCAGUAUGUUUUCUCUUCACUUAUUAUCCAAAGUAACAGUCAUAAUGGUCAUUGUCAUUAAAUUUUAUUCUCAAUUAAUCCUGAAUCAGUGUGAUCUAAAAAGAGAGUGCCUGUUUUUGAGGGUGGGUGGGGAUCCUUGAUUGCCUUGUAAAAGAAAUUACAAUUAGGAUUGUGAAUAUAGGUUACUGUGUUCUGCGGAAGAAAAAAAACAGUAAGUUAGGUUACCAGAGAAGAACCCCUGCUGCCAAAUUGAAACAAACCAAUUUGAUGCACUGUUGCUGCAGUCACCUUUUUUUUUUUUUGUUGUUGUUUUUUUGUUUUUGCUUUUCCUUUCUUGAAAAGAUGCUUUGGAACGACAUGUUUCAGGACAUGUUGAACCUUUAGAAAGGAUGAUAAAGGCUUUUUAAAUCACAGAAGGUCAAUUUAAGGCUCAAGAUGUUUGUAUUUUGGGAAAUGGGUUGAAUAUGGUGUUGGUCUUAUUUUUAUUUGUCUCUUUCAUUUGUUACAUUCCUUUUUGUUCCCUUGUAAUUCCACAUUGUUUUACUUGAAAGAUAAAAGAAAAUACAUUGAAUAAAAAGACCAAAAGUAAUUUA